AUGCGACCUAGCACUACUGAUGAAGUUGAGUGGAUCCUAGACUCGGGUUCACAGGUCAACAUUUGCGGUGACCUCGCCUUGUUCACUACGAUCAGUGAGAACAAGAUGAGCCGCCUUGGCUUCGCAAACGGCACUACUGAACACGCAUCUAUAUGUGGUUCUGUGUUGCUUCGUGUUGUUAAUCAGGUGACUGGGCAAGUGGAGGACCGAUUGCUGGACGCCGUGGUGUACACCCCGAACGCCCAGGUCAAUCUCAUUAGCCUCGGCUACCUACAGAUGACUGGACGUUACCAGUUGUCGUGUUCGCAUGACCAACGCACAGCCUGGUUGUCCAAGCCGGACACAGUACUCAAAUUCGAGAUGCAUGAUCACAUCCACCGGCUCCGUGCUGAGCGUGUGCCUGGUGUCAUGGUGAUGGUUGCGCUCAAGCAGGACAUGGACAGCAAGAAGCAGAUGGAGCUGCUGCACCAACGCUUCGGCCACGUCAGCAUGGAGACGGUGAAAGCUUUUUGUCUACGAAACUCGACGUGGGAGUUAAGUUGA